CACUUCAGAUCUCCAGCUUCCCCAAAGAGAGAGAAAACAAAGCACCGGCGAUCUGAGAACACACUACACACAGCUGAGCUGGCAGUAACAAUGGCGGCGAGAUCGAAGUUGGCGGCUGUUUUUGUGGUGCUGACGGUGGCGGGUUUGCUCCGGUGCUCGGCGGCCGCCACCCACAGCGUCGGCGAUUCGCUGGGCUGGACCAUCCCUCCUAAUCCCUCUGUUUAUUCCGAUUGGGCUUCCUCCAAAACCUUCCUCGUCGGCGACAUUCUUGUUUUCAACUUUACCGCCGGAGGGCACGACGUGACGGAAGUGAGGAAGGCCGGAUUCGAUUCUUGCAGCAGCAGCAACUCCAUCUCCGUCGUGAGAACCAGUCCGGCGAGGGUCACGCUCGCCGCUGCCGGCGACCACCACUUCAUCUGCUCAUUCCCCGGCCACUGCGACGCCGGCCAGAAGCUCUCUGUCACCGUCCGAGCCCAAUCUUCUCAGCCGCCGGCCGGCGCUCCUGCACCCUCCCCAAAACCCAGCACUCCGGUUUCGCCGUCGCCGUCGCCGAAGUCCGCCCGGCCACCGAAGGCCUCUUCUCCGACCGCCACCCCACCUCCGGAAAACGCCGCGGCGCCACCCCCGGAAACCGCUCCUUCAACUCCGACGACCGCUCCCCCGCCGCCCAACUCCGCCCACUCGCUCGGCGGUUCCGGCAUCUUCUUCUCCGCCGUGUUGGCAAUUUUCAUAGCUCUGAUUUAAUUCCUAGACACGCCGUGGCUGUAGAAAUUUAAUUAGUGGGAUUCAUUUUGUGUGUACUUGGAUUUUUAUCAUUAUUCGGAUUCUCAGUGUAUUUUUUUUUCCCUUUUCCUUCCGACUUGAAAAUUUGAUACAUUUGUUCCUUUUUUUUUUCCAUCACAUUUAGUUGAUUUUAUAUUGAUAUGAACGAGGUCGAGGAUGCAUAA